UUCAAACUUUUUCCUUUCUUUUAAAUUCCUCCUCCUCUUCCUUAAGCUCCCCUUUCAUUCAAUCAAUUUUCAAUACAAUCAAUUUUCAAUACCCAUGACAUCUUCUGAGAGCUUGAACUUCUUCUCCCCUGAAUACUCUUCUCCCGUGAUGCUUCCCCCCCCGCCGCCGCCCACAACAAAGCUGCCUCUGCCUCCACCCCCCUCAGCCCGAACCACUCCAUCCCCUAAACUACACGCGCCGCCGAAGCCGGAGAUCCCACAGCGGAAGAUGACCAAACCAAUCACACUACAGAAGACAUAUCCCAAACUAAGAUCCGCCGGCGGCCGGAAGACGAACCCGGUGGUGUGGUGCAUCUCAUUCUUGUGUUUGAUCUUCAGCAUCCUCUUGAUCCUCUCCGGCGCGGCGACUCUCGUCAUCUUCCUCGGCAUCAGGCCCAGGAACCCGGGGUUCGACACCCCGGGUGGGACCCUCAACUUCGUCUACCUCAACUCCUUCCAGUCCCUGAACGCAGAGUUGGCCUUUCUGGCCAACUUCUCGAACCCGAACAGGAGACUCGAAGUCAGUUUCGAGUCUCUGGAGCUCGGGCUGUACUUUUCAGACACGCAGAUAGCGUCUCAGGUGAUCUCCCCCUUCCGUCUGACGAAAGGGGGGGUCAGAGCGGUCCCGGUUCAUCUCAUAUCAAGCCUGGUUUAUUUGCCCCCAAGUCAUGCUUUGGGGCUACAAAAGCAAGUGUUGAACAAUAGGGUGGUUUUUAAUAUGAGGGGAGUGUUUAAGGUGAGAGUGGAACUUGGGAUGAUUCACUAUUCUUAUUGGUUGCAUGGGAGAUGCCAAGUGGAGAUGACAGGUCCCCCAAAUGGUUUCCUUCUCUCCCACAACUGCAAAACUAAGAGCAUUUUUUUCUGAACGUGCGGCGGAAAUCGAUCAGACCGCAGGACAAGCAAAUUAAAAUGGAUCUCAAAAUAAGUGGUGAGGUGCUGCUCCUUUUUUCCCGAGGUAAAUCUUCUCGGAACAAUAAACCUUGCCACUAACCCUCGAUUUGCCACACAAAUGUGUUAUUUUUCUGGUGGAGGGUUAGUUUGAACUCUGCAAUUUCCUCUUGCAGCGAUAAACCUAAUUGGCAGCAACAACCAAUUGGCUGAUGAUCAGGGGCUGUACCUAAUAAUUUGGUGGCAAGAAUUGGUGCCAAACCCAAUUUGUAGGGCGUAGAACAAACUUGUCGAAACCAAACCCUCUCUUUUUUGUGGUUUUGCUUUUUCUUGCAGAAUGAUGAUCAGAAGAGGCAAUCUUUGGUUAUCACGAUCCGAGCUUGUUGGAGACCGACGAUUGGUUUUGGUAUUUUGUGUUGGAAGACCGCGAUCCUGACUGUGGCACCGACACACAAUUCGGACGGUGGUGAUGUUCCUGAUCGAUCGACACAACCCUAGUUUGCGGCGGUCAGACACUUUCUUUGUGUGGAUUUGUGAGAGAGUUCAAGAAUGAGAUUAUCAAUUGAUACGGAUAUCGUAUCGGAUAGGGAAGAACAUCGAGCGUUCUUCAAGCUCCAAGAAGAUGAGGUAAAAAAAGAAGUAAAACUUCGAGCAUUUUCGGGCUCCAAAAGAAUAGAGAAAGAGAUUAGGGUUUUGAUAUUUUUUUAUUGUUUGAUUGAAUAAAAGGAUUACAUCACUAUUUAUAAGAGAUAGAGAAAUCCU